AUGGCUGCCCUGCCCGAUCUCGCUGAGUGGGUCGUUGACGCCAACGAUGCGCUCAGCUUGAGCCUCGUUUCCCCUUCCAAGUCAGGGCUCCGGCUCGUCGGCUCCUUUCACCCCAACUUCACCUACCCCAUUUUUGGUGAAGAAGAGAAGAUUUUUGGGUACAAGGACCUGAAGAUUAGCUUGCGAUUUCGAGCAAAUGAUAUGCGGCCACAUUUGGAAACAACCUACAGGAAAAAACUUAGCCCUCCCGCCGGAGUCGAAGAACCUACUGAUAUCAAGGCUGUGUUUCAAGAAGGAAAUCAUUUGCCAAAGGUUGCUUUCGUCAAGAGCUCUGAUUUUGAGGAUAGUUCUCAGCAGCUUGGCGAUAAAUGGACCCCCCCUGGCACCCUUCAAGAGACUAUCGACGGACCUGACGGCCAGUAUGAAAUUUGGAGAGGCAGCCUGGAAGAUCCAGCUAUCAAGCAGCUGAACUCUCGCAUUCAGAUCCUGGUGCCUCUGUUUAUCGAAGGUGGCUCGUACAUUGGCCAGAACCCUGAAUCGGACUCGCCCGAACUCGACCUGUCCGAUGCAAACCGUUGGACAGUCUUCUUUCUCUACCGUACACAAAAGUCAGAUGAGCAACCGGAUCAAAAGUUAUACGUCUUCGUUGGAUACUCCACAGUCUAUCGAUUUUUCUACUUUGGGCGACCUCUUGCUCCGCCACCCGAGUCUGGGGAUGAGUGGGAAUUGCCGGAUGGGAACUUUGACUUGGCAAAACUCCCAUGCCGAACUAGGCUCUCCCAAUUCAUCAUUUUACCGCCAUUCCAAGGCAAGGGCAACGGAGCAAAGCUGUAUAAAUCGAUAUUCCAAUACUACCACAAGCACAAGCAAACCCACGAAUUCACAGUUGAGAACCCGAAUGAAGCAUUCGAUGAUCUGCGAGAUGUUUGUGACCUCACCUUUCUCAAGACAAUCCCAGACUUUGUCAGCUUGAAACUGGAUCCAUCUGUCACGAUUCCCAAGAAAGGCCCCGUGCCCAGUCUGGUUGUUGGAGGAGACAGGCUCGAGGAAAUCCGCCUGACUGCAAAGAUUGCCCCUCGACAGUUUCAUAGGAUGGUGGAAAUGUACCUGAUGUCUCAGCUCCCUUCAUCUGUGCGACCUUCUAUGGCGCUGGAUGACGACCCCCCGGUUCCUAUACAGGCGGACAAGCAUUUGGAGAGGCUCUGGCAACUGCUUGUGAAGAAAAGACUGUACAGACACAACAGAGAAGCUCUAUCUCAAAUUGAGCAAUCCGAACGCAUUGACAAGCUCCAGGAGACUUUGACUGGUGUUGAACUAGAGUACGCUCGCAUUCUGGCAGCCCAAGAACGAGCUAGUGGCCAUAGCCCUGUUCCCAGUCAAACGAGCGGAAAACGGAAAAUAGAUGACAAGUCUGGAGAUGAGAGCCAAAGCAAAAAGCCCAGAGUGGAAGACGCUUGA